UUGCGAUUAAACUUGAGUGUGUGAAAACCAAGCAUCCUCAACUUCACAUAGAAUCCAAGUUCUACAGGAUAAUGCAAGGAGGAGUAGGAAUACCUGCUAUCAAGUGGUGUGGAUCAGAAGGAGAUUACAAUGUGAUGGUAAUGGAACUGUUGGGACCAAGCCUGGAAGAUUUGUUUAACUUCUGUUCUCGACGGUUUAGUCUGAAAACUGUCCUACUCCUGGCAGAUCAGCUUAUCUCUAGGAUAGAGUAUAUACACAGCAAAAACUUUAUUCAUCGUGACAUAAAACCUGACAACUUCCUCAUGGGUCUGGGAAAGAAGGGUAAUCUCGUGUACAUCAUCGACUUCGGUCUAGCGAAGAAGUAUCGUGAUGCCCGAACCCAUCAGCAUAUAUCCUACCGGGAAAACAAGAAUUUGACCGGCACAGCUCGCUACGCCAGCAUCAAUACACACCUUGGGAUAGAACAAAGUCGGAGAGAUGAUAUGGAGAGUUUAGGAUACAUUCUCAUGUACUUCGUCCAGGGGACACUGCCCUGGCAAGGACUAAGAGCUGCGACGAAGCAGCAAAAAUAUGAACGUAUUUCUGAAAAGAAGAUGUCGACCCCUGUCGAUGUUCUGUGUAAAGGCGCACCCUGCGAAUUCGCGACUUAUCUCAACUACUGCAGAUCUCUCAGGUUCGAGGAGAAACCGGACUACAGCUACUUACGUCAGCUGUUCCGUAAUCUGUUCCACCGGCAAGGAUUCACCUACGACUACGUGUUCGACUGGAACAUGCUCAAGUUCGGAGGAAGCAGGGGCACAGAAACCGAGGGAGACCAGAGAUACUCGAGAAAGUGAUAGAAUAACAAUAAAAAGCCGAAGUGUUUCAUCCUGUAGAAUGCCAUCAGAUCCCUCCUGACUGUGCGACUUCAUUACUUGUAAUUGUUGAAAACUAGAAAAAUGUUGGAAUCUUGUAAAAUGGGCCAGUUCAUUAAACAAAAUUGUUACCAAUCAUAAUACGAUAAAAGCCAUUUUUUAUAUUUAUUAUCAAAGAAUACUGUACUGCAAGUGUACCACCGUGGAAGGUGUAUUUUACUUAACUUCAUGUUACAAGAUUAGAUUCCUGGAAAACAUCACAUUGUACAUUUUUUAAUUCGUUUAUCCUCAUAUUUUUUAUAAAGGUGUUUUUUUUGUUUGUUUUUUUGUGUACAUUUGCAGUUGUACUUGAAAAACAGCCGGGGGUACAACACUUUUUUUAAAUCGUUACACCCCCUUCAAAUUUGUUUUUCGAGAUGGGACAAAAAAGUAAGUUUUCUUUGAUUUCACAAUUUAAGGGGGGCCAAUGUGAGUAUCAAAAUAGAUUAAAUAAGUUAAGGUUUGUUAAAUUAUACCCCUGGAAAAAGAAUACAGUUUUCGUGUAUGGUUUGGUUUGGUUUCGGUAGGGAAUAUCGAAUAUAGACGGCUAAAGUCUAAGAUGAUGUGAAAUAAAUUUGGCAUGGGACGUAGCGGUGCGGAGGGGGGGAAUAGACAAAACUCCUUUUACUUUUUAUUAUUGAGGGUUAGGUUAAGGCAAUUUCUGGGCCGAGCACUGCGGCUAGGAUGGGCUAGGGUGCCGAGCGCUACGGCUAGCACAGGCUAGGGGCCGAGCGCUGCGGCUAGCACAUGCUAGGGGGCCGCCGCUGCGCCCACGUAAGUUUUGUCUAUCCCCCCCUCCGCACCGCUAACGUCCCAUGCCAAUAAAUUUUAAUUAAUGCCGAUUAGAAUUGAUUGAUCUAUAAUCCCCUGCCUAAUUACUAAACCAAAUAAAUCUUCAACAUUAACCUCAAAUCAACUGGUGUGCAAUUGCACAGCCACUAAAUACGCCGGACGGCAUAUGUAAUCUUAUUUGCCAAAUUCGAUUGUUUUCAUUUAUAUUUAUUAUUUUCUGUUUUUACCCUUUUCGUGUCGAUUCGAUUCCGUUAUUUAGGUUUUUCAAAACCCACAAAAUGGAAAACCAAAAACUCGUAAUAAAUUUUCCAGGAAAUAAUAUUGACUUUACUUACAAUAUCUGAACAAAGGCACAUUGUACUCUAGAACUUUUUGCAUGUUUUGUAAUUUAUUAAUUUGUUCAUUUUGUCGAAUGUUCUCUCCUUUUUUGUAAAUGUGCGACAAUUUAAAUUAUUUUUUCUCCGUCAUCUUCAAAUCUUUUUCUGAACACAAAUGCGUCCAGCUGUUGACUAGCGGAGCAAUCUAACUCUUAGUUAGGUUCCGUCCUGUUUAACAUAUAUUGUUCUUCUACUAUCCCGCCAAAUAUAUUGAACAUGGUUAAAAAUAAAUUAAUUAAUUUAA